CGCCGGCCGAAAUGCGUCACGCGGUCGCCGACUUCAUCUUCCACGCCUUCAUUUUUUAUUCCCACAUUUUCCUCCAUUUUGGAAGUGCCCACUGCCCAUCAUAAGGCCAAAAAUCUACACGGAACAGGGCAAUCCUGUCGCCCCUUUUCUUCCCACCCCACUCUCACUUCUCAUCCCCUACGUCUCAUUUCGUCUGCGGGGGAAGUAUGCGUUUUUUGCAGUGGAUCUCUUUGAUUUUUGUUCUUCACUUGUUUGGUCCAACACCCAUUUGCUCAGAUCCUUCUUCCAGCUCUAAAGGGUUCUCAGAAAUCUCUGCAAGGUUUCUCAAUUUUGCCAAGAAAUCAGAGCUCGUUGAUUGGAUGGUGGGUGUGAGGAGGAGAAUACAUGAAAACCCAGAACUAGGUUAUGAGGAAUUUGAGACUAGUAAGCUCAUCAGAGCAGAACUCGAUGAGAUGGGUAUUCCCUAUAAGUACCCAUUUGCAGUUACUGGUGUCCUCGGCUUCAUCGGCACCGGAAAAACCCCUUUCGUCGCAAUAAGGGCGGAUAUGGAUGCCCUUGCUAUGCAGGAAAUGGUGGAGUGGGAGCACAAGAGUAAAAUUCCUGGGAAGAUGCACGCUUGUGGGCAUGAUGCCCAUGUUGCGAUGCUUCUCGGUGCGGCAAAGAUCCUCAAAGAGCAUAAAAAAGAGUUACAGGGAACAGUUGUUCUUAUUUUCCAACCAGCUGAGGAAGGAGGUGGAGGGGCAAUGAAAAUGAUUGAUGCUGGGGCGCUAGAGAAUGUUGAUGCUAUCUUUGGACUCCAUGUUUCCCCACACUUACCUAUUGGUGAAGUGGCCUCCAGAGCUGGUCCUCUUUUGGCUGGUAGUGGCUUCUUCGAAGCUGUUAUUAGUGGAAAGGGGGGCCAUGCUGCCAUUCCUCAGCAUUCAAUAGACCCAAUAUUAGCUGCUUCAAAUGUGAUUGUCAGCUUGCAACAUCUUGUUUCACGGGAAGCUGAUCCGCUGGAAUCACAGGUAGUAACAGUUGCAAAAUUCCAAGGGGGCGGUGCAUUCAAUGUUAUUCCAGAUUCUGUUACAAUUGGCGGCACCUUCCGAGCCUUCUCCAAGAAAAGCUUUAUGCAACUCAGACAGCGGAUUGAAGAGGUAAUCACUCGGCAAGCUGCUGUGCAGAGGUGCAAUGCGACUGUUGAUUUCCUUGCAAAAGAAAAGCCAUUUUUCCCUGCAACCGUCAAUGAUAAAAACUUGCACGAGCACUUCAAAAAUGUUGCAGGGAGUAUGCUUGGCAGUCUUAGUGUUAUUGAAGAUAUGCAACCAUUGAUGGGCUCUGAGGAUUUUGCCUUUUAUCAAGAGGCAAUUCCCGGAUACUUCUUUUUCCUUGGAAUGAAGAAUGAAGCAGGAGCACGACUUGAAUCAGCACACUCACCCUACUUCAGAAUCAAUGAAGAUGCACUCUCUUAUGGUGCUGCACUUCACGCAUCAUUGGCUACUACCUACCUUAUUGAACUCCAGCAGAAAAUUCCCCCGCAAACAACAGAACUCCGUGAUGAAUUAUAAGGCCUCUAUUGUGGAUUAUCUGCUCAGAUUCCGCACUUUUUUUUAUUACAUUUUGGCUGUACAUGCACAUAUUUUCAAUCAAAUUUAAAUUCAUCAAUUUUCUGAAUUCACUUCCAAUUUGGGCGAAGAGCUUCUUUCUUCAGCCUUGUCAAAAUCAAGUAGUAUGUAUUGGUCUAUGUUACGAUCCUGGGUAGUGGGGGCCCAUUAUUUUCUUAAUUGUAAAGACCAUUGUUCAUUUGUCUAAUAUCCAAAGGAAGUUUAUAGGUCUUCAA